GUAGAAACAUUCAAAAGUAGGCUAUCAUCACUCAACCGGUUGUAGACAGAUUAUUGUUACAGUGUUGCGGAAUCUUUGGAGGAGAGCGCCAACUUCAGACAAUUGUCGUUGAAUGUAGACUUUUCUGGUAGGUCAGAAGAGAAAGAUUUUAUUUUGACACCGUGCACCUACUGAAGUUCAAGACAAUCAGUGAAGCUGUCACUGUCUGGUUUCCCUUCACCUAUUAGCCUAUUUCAACGGUAUGAUAUUUGGGAGAUUUGAUCUGUAUUUAGAGGAAAUAAAAUAAGAUGACAUUUUCUCCGCAAACCCUGACCAAUGCACAAUGAGACUGGGCAAUGUACUGAAGGAAUGUAGCAACGCUCCGUCGUUUUCUCCCCCGUAGCCUGCUAUGACGCGACCGACAUUAAAGCGUUAUUUGCGAGGGGGUUUGGAUAUCUGUAACAUUAUCCCAAUAUGGGUCUUCAAGGUAUAUUGUACUCAAUUCAUUAUGCAGUUAAUUGAUAAAGUAGUCGAGUAUGAUAUAGUUAAUUUGGAGUGCGCAUAAUAGCGUUUCGCACGCAAUAUUUGUAAGCUAAUCAGUGCAGAUAAAAAAAAUGAAUAUAAUAACGGAAAGAUAUUGCAAGCACGACGCAUGGAUCUACUCCUACAUAAUAUGUGGGACCUCUUUUGCAUAGUCAAUGAGCUUGGUAAUUAUCUAAAUCAUUAUUUGCCGUGCGUCAUACAUGCCUAGGAACAGGGUUCAGUAGAAGAAUAUUGCCCUGAGUGUUUUUUGUCGAUUACCAAGAGAGGAAUUAAGAGAAACAGUAAAAACGCAGAAACUGUCACGUGACUUACAUUUUGAGAGUGGACUGUCAAAGUGUUCCGAUAGGGCGCUGGACCGAGUCGCACCAUGAAGACCCAGAAGGCCGGGGCCCCCGGGGGCCCAACGCCAAGCUCUCCUUCCCCACGCCAACGGAUGUCUGGUUUCAGCCUGCGGGGCCGGAAGAAGAAGGAGGGCCUGAUCCAAGGCAAGCUGCGGAUCCGCUCUGUGCCAGGAGCCUUCCUAGUGCUGGGGGUCAUCGUGGUGGUGGUGGGCACGGCCCUGGCAGUGGCUGGGUACUGGCCCUACCGGACCCACCGAUCAUCACAGCUCCUUGGACUUGGACAACAAGGCUCUGGUUCUGUGGACAGAGCAGCAGGAGGUAGAGGUAAGGGUGUCUCUGAGCCCCAGUCAUCCGGUUGGAGCCUGGGUGCUAAGAGCCUCCUGACCUCGACCAGUCUGAUCCACAGUGAGCGGAUGAAGCUCCUGGGACCAGUCAUCAUGGGCGUGGGGCUGUUCAUCCUCAUCUGUGCCAACACGGUGCUGUACGAGAACCGCGACAGAGAGACCCAGAUGCUGCUGGCCCAGAUGCAGAGCGUCAUCUGUUCGGUGUCGGCGGCCGUGCCCUCGGCCGACCUCUCAGACAUGGCAGCAGCCAACUCCAUGGCCAGACACUACCAGUGGGUGAGCAGUCUGCCUGCCACUCACCUUAACAUCCUCUGUCUGCAGCAGCUAGCCAGCUCAGAGCCCCUGCUGCAGACGACCAGAGACAGGAGGGAGGAGGAGGAGAGGGCUGACUAUACGUACCUGCAGGCCACCGUACAGACGGAGGCUCUACACCACCAGGAGUCAGCCUCCACCCCUUCUCUCCACUCCUCCCAUUCCAACUCCUGCAACUCCAGCAAGACGGACUUCAACACGCGGUGGGGCGGUGGUGGUGGUGAGCCAGGCGUAGGGGGCUCCAGCCCAGACCCCCAGCCCGCUCACCUCUUUAAGCUCCACAACUGUCUGGUGUCAGCCAGCUCCAUGUCCACUCUGGGAGGGGACGACUGGUCGGAGGUCACAGCCAUGCUGCCCAGGCGCUCCUACAGUCUUAGCUACAGGACUAACCCCGGCCCUCACUGGCCCCAGACUGUAAUACGUCUACAGGAAGGGGCCAUGCGACCUGGGGGACCUGGGGCAGACCCACAGAUAGUGCAGCCCAAGCCCACGCGGAGGGAGCGCAGCUUGGACGUGUGUGUGAACAUGUUUAGAUGCGUGGAGACCCCGGAGCUCACUCCUGUAGAGGAGCAGAAGCACGGCAGCUGGCCCAGGUUAGACCUGGGCUGUGCCCGCAGGUACCUGAAGCUGGACAAUAAGGAGGACUCGGUGGACAGACUGCUAGACCAGUUGGAGCAGCAGUGUUCUCAGUGGGAUAAGAGUUUCGGCUCAGGGCCUUUUCAAUGAGACCCGGUAAGGGCCCCAUAUCUGAAUAGGGCCCCACAUCAGGGUCCUCUGUUUUUUAAAAGCAGCUUAUAAAGAAAGAUCCUCAUGGAUGCUGAUAUAUCCACUACCAGGAGCUUUUUGUUGGAUCAUAAUUGUGCACUGUUGACUCCUGAAACCGAGAAGGGAGGCUAUAACAGAAACCCUUCUAUGUACGACACUGAAUUCCUCUCUACAUUGUCGAGCAGCUUCCAAUCUGAAGAUACAAACCUUUAGAAACCUUGUUUCUCGGACUUCCCGUGGCAUGGAUAUAUAAACACAAGUGUUGGAGGACUGCAGACGAAUUGGAUCCGUUUGGCAGACAUUCUGUUUUAAGAGGGGAACAAUACUCCAUACUGUCAAAGAUGAGUUGGAGACAUUUCCCAGUCUGUUUACUGGGUGGCAGUAUUAGGCUUGGCACUUGGCAACACUGAAGGAAUCAAUGUGUCUUUCAUUGCCAAAGCGUUGCUUGUUUCCAGGACACAGCAAGCACAUCCGAAUGUGGGGAGGUGGAAAACCCAUUCUAAUGAGGGACUGUCUUCACUGUGUAAUCUAUUUAAAAACCAAACCACUCGAAUCUGGCGGCGAGCCUCAGAUGUGCUUCUGAUAACAGCUAGUAAAAUAAAACACAUGUUCCAUAGACCAAAACAAGUGCAUGAUGAUAGAGAUGUCAUGUGUAAUCUACAUGUACGUAGUUAUACAGAAUAAUGCUUUAAUUGGCUGUGGAUCAGAUAAACACAUAGUUAAUGAUAGGUUGGUAACACUUUAUUUGAAGGUUACCUACAUAAAGACUUCAUUGCACAUUCAUAAACAGUACAUAAGCAUUGAUUAAGUAUUAUGUAGUGCUUGUUAAUGGGUUAUGUAGGGCUUAUGAAUGGGUUAUGUAGGGCUUAUGAAUGGGUAAUAAAUCCCUUCACGUA